AUGAAGUGCAUCGCAUGCAUGGCUGGAUGGUGCCCGCGCGCACGGCACCGAUGGAUGGGAUUAGCACUACAUAUACCCCACGAGCUCCCUGCGUACAACCACACCAGCGCAAGCCACUCCCGCUUUCCUCUCCCCGCGCCACCUUGGCACCAUUACCGAUAUACCCAGCUGAUCUUCACCGCUUUCCUGCCCCUCGAUCGCCGGCCGGCCGAAACCAUCCAUCCAUCCAUGGGCUCCAAACCCGCGGACGCCGCAGGGAGCCAGCAGCAGCAGGGGGAUGAGUCGUCCAUGGCGGACUUGUACAGCAGCCACGAGCUGACGCCGCUGCAGAAGCACGCCGCCUUCUUCGACCGGAACAAGGACGGCAUCAUCUACCCCUCCGAGACCUACCAAGGGCUACGCGCCAUCGGCUGCGGCGUCGUGUUGUCCGCCGCCGGCACCGUCUUCAUCAACGGCUUCCUCGCGCCCAAGACGGUACCGGCGAACGUGAAGCCUCCAGCUUUCAAGUUCCCCAUCUACGUAAAGACCAUUCAGCAGGGCAAGCAUGGGAGUGAUACAGACGUGUACGACACCCAGGGAAGGUUUGUUCCUGAAAAGUUUGAGGAGAUAUUCAAGAAGCAUGCCCACACUAGGCCUGAUGCCCUAACGGACAAAGAGCUUGGGGAGAUGCUUAAAGCAAACAGGGAUCCUAAAGAUUUCGCCGGACGGGUGGGCGCUUUCGUAGAGUGGAGACUUCUCUACGCGCUGUGCAAAGACAAGGAGGGAUUUCUUCACAAGGAGACUGUCAAGGCGGUCUAUGAUGGCAGCGUGUUUGAGAAGUUGGAGCGAGAAAAGAAGGAAGCUAAGGAAUUUGCCAAGAAGAAAUGA